UUUUAAAGGAUUCUGCCUCCAUCAACAGAAAAGUGGAGGGGAUAACUUUUUGGAAUUCAGCCUGGGGCUUCCUCUUUGACGUCGCGCUCACUCCCAGCCUGCACUCUCCCUCUUUGCCCUGAGGAAAGGCUGAUACUUGAGUGGGUUGAUUUAUCCUGAGGAAUUCAGCACUUAAGCCUUGAACGCUGUCACAGUGUCACUCAUGAUGCACAGCUUCAUGGGAGGGGGCCUCUUUUGUGCCAUCGUGGGGAACAUCCUGUUGGUGGUGUCCACAGCCACAGACUACUGGAUGCAGUACCGCCUGUCCAGCAGCUUUGCCCACCAGGGCCUGUGGAGGUACUGCAUGUCGGGCAAAUGUUACAUGCAGACUGACAGCAUUGCCUACUGGAACGCCACUCGUGCUUUCAUGAUCCUCUCUGCCAUGUCGUGCUUUGCUGGCAUCAUCGCAGGAAUCCUCUCCUUCGCCCACUUCUCGGCCUUUGAGAGGUUCAACCGCUCUUUUGCUGCUGGGAUCAUGUUCUUUGUUUCAACCCUCUUUGUUCUGCUUGCUAUGGCCAUUUACACUGGAGUGACUGUGAACUUCCUGGGCAAGCGCUUCGGGGACUGGCGCUUCUCUUGGUCCUACAUUCUAGGCUGGGUGGCACUGCUGAUGACCUUCUUUGCAGGUAUAUUCUACAUGUGUGCCUACAGGAUGCACGAGUGCAGAAGAGUGGCUGGCCCACGUUAAAGUAAACAGGAGAUAAUGUUAAAAAAGAAAAUCCAUUCCCUGUCCAAAAUUGAGAAUUUAUUGUAAAAUAAUAAAAUUUGGAUUUUACAAAUGCA